AUGUUCAAUUCAGCCUAAAAAAGAGCUCCACCUUAACUCUAUGUAACUCCAAGAUAUAGAACUACACAAUCUGAAUACAAUAAUCCACAUUCUGAAAGAUUAUUUGAAAAAAGUAAAGAAAAUUCUUUCAAUUAACUGAAAAUUCUUCAAUAGAUUGGUUAUGGGAAAUUUAGCAAAGUUAUGUUAGCAAUGUAAUAAAUUAAAAAUAUAUAUAGGUUAAAUGGAGAAAAAUUUGCAUUAAAGAUAAUAAAUAAAAGUUGCACUAUUAAGACUUAAACUUAAUAGCAUUUAUAAAGAGAGAUUCAAAUAAUGAAGUAACUUAAUCAUCCUAAUAUUGUUAAAUUAUUUAAAGAUUUUUCUGAUGAGAAGAAUGUUUACUUGCUUUUAGAAUAUUGCAAUUAAGGUUCACUUUUUAAUUAAAAAUUUGAUUAAACGCAAAUAAAAUAAAUUAUUAAGGAAGUUUUGCUCGCUUUAAAGUAUCUUCAUAAUCAAGGCAUUAUGCAUAGAGAUAUUAAGCCAGAAAAUAUCUAUUUACAUAAUAAUCAUGUAAAAUUAGGAGAUUUUGGAAUUGCCUAGUAUAUAAAAAAACAAAGUAAAUCUUUUUGUGGAACCUUAGAUUAUAUGGCACCUGAAGUCAUUAAUUAAAAUUGUAAAUUAUAUUAUUUAAUAUAGUUUAUGAUAAUCGGAUAGAUAUAUGGUCUGUUGGAAUAUUGGCAUAUGAAUUAAGUAAUCUUGAACCUCCAAUUAAAGACAGAGAUUAAAAACUAUAAAUGAGACGAAUAAUUUCAGAGGAAGUGUAAUACCCUAGACAUUUUGAUCAUAAACUUAAAAAUUUUAUAUCAAAAUGUUUGAAAAAAAAGUGUGAUGAGAGAGCUACAAUAGAUGAGUUACUAAAUGAUGAAUUUAUUCAUUCUUGA